AUGGACGACGGGGACCUGGACUUCUCCUCCAUGUCCAUGGGCAGCUACUUCGACGACGUGCUCGGGGGCGCGGCGGAGCACCUCGCGUGCUGCACCCACACCCACACCUGCAACCCGCCCGCCCACCACGUCCCCCACACCCACACCUGCCACCACGUCCCCCACACCCACACCUGCCACCACGUCCACUCCAAGUUCGCCGCCUCCGCCUCCUCCGACGCUGGCGCCGAGACCCCAGCCGAGUUCGAGGACGCCCACGCCACCUCCCGGAGCAAGAAGCGCCGCCCCUCGGGCAACCGAGCGGCCGUGCGCAAGUACCGCGAGAAGAAGAAGGAGCACACGGGGGUGCUGCAGGAGGAGGCGGCCCGUCUCAGGGCUAUGAACGAGCAGCUCGCCAAGAAGGUCCAGGACCACGCCGCACUGGAGGCCGAGGCGGCCAGGCUCCGCUGCCUGCUCGUCGACGUCAGGGGCAGGAUCGAAGGGGAGAUCGGCUCCUUCCCUUACCAGCGGCGGCCGGCCAAGGGCGACGGCCCGGGCUCUGCUGGCCCGGUCAUGAUGAGCUCAUGUGGCUUCGUACGAACCUGUGAACAGCCUCCUCUUUGUUUUCAUCAUUAG